CAGAGUUUUGUCGCGAGAAAGGCAGAUCUGUUGGGCAACAGGCUCUGCAAGACACAGCAAGGCAGCGUCUGCAGCGAAUUGCGGCGAAUUGAGUCACACACGUGACUGCGCUGUUGAGUGACUCACAGCAAUCAAUGGGCGUAAGCAAUGACGGAGGCUCAACGCCGCACACACACGCACCGCCUCUGUGUGCAUCCGCUGUGCGCUUCUCAUACCUCUGCGCGUGUGUGUGUGUGUGUGUGUGCAUCAUCACUUACGGCGAAUUGUGUGUGUCAGAUUGACAUCAACUGGUUGCGAGAGGACAAGGGCGGCAACCCCGAUGAGGUGCGCGAGAGCGAGCGGAAGCGCUUCAGGGACCCUAAGGUCGUCGACGACAUCAUCGCCACAGACAACUCAUGGCGGCAGGAGCUCUACCAGGUGACACACACAGACAGACAGACAGACAGACAGACAGGGGCGCACAAGUGUGUGUGUGUGUGUGUGUGUGUGUGUGUAGAUGGAGUCGAUGAAGAAGACGAUGAACGACAUUAACAAGGCGAUUGGCAAGAAGAAAAAGGACAACAAAGACGACCCCUGCGAGGUGGGGUUGGCAGGGCAGGGCAGGCACUCAAGUCACAAUCAUCCGUGUGUCCGUGCGGUGGUGUUGUGUGCGAUGCGAUGCGAUGCAUCCCGUCAGGCCGAGAUGGCGGAAGUGGCCACUGUCAAGGCCAACAUCGCCGAACAGGAGAAAAAAGUCGACGUGGUCAGUGCAGUGCAGUGCAGGACGCAAGCACACACACACAUGGAUGGCUCUAAUGAUCUCUUUGGGCUGGCUAUGUAUGUUAUGUAGAUUGCCGGGCAGCGCGACAGCCUGCUGCACAAGAUUGGCAACCUGGUGCACCCCUCGGUCCCCGUGUCAGACAACGAAGACAACAACCAGGUAGGUUGAGGCAGGUGCGCCCCGCACCAACCGCAGACACCACACCCAUCCCUCCCUCCGUGUGUGUGUGUGUGUGAAGGUGGUGCGCAGGUGGGGUGUGCCCAGCCGAGUGGUGUUUGAUGGCAAGACGCCCGGCAGGCUGUACCACCACCAAGUGCUCGCUAAGCUGUGCGGUGAGUGAGGUCGAUUGCACACAUGACUGACACAAACAUGACAACAGAGAGCUGCGGUGAUGGCUGGGCUGCAUCUGUGUGUGUGAGUGUGUGUGUGUGUUGAGGUUACGAGCCGGAGCGAGGUGCUUUGUGUGCGGGUCACCGUGGGUACUUCAUGAGGGGUGCAGGCGUGAUGCUCAACAUGGCUCUCAUCAACUACGGUACCCCCGCCACGUCAUGCACACCCACACCCACACCACACACGACAACACAAGCCUGCUGCUCCCUCGGCUCUGUGUGUGUCGUCCCAUCCAUUGCUUUGAUUGCAUUGCAAUGAUCUGAUCAGGUGUGCAGUUUUUGAUCAAGAAGGGCUACCUGCCGCUGUAUCCGCCCUUCUUCAUGAAGAAGGAUGUCAUGAACGAGACGGCUGAACUCAAAGACUUCGAAGAGACACUUUACAGGGUGGGGUGAGGUGGGUGGCGGCACCUUAAUUUGAUAAACACAUCAACACAUGUGCACCCUCCCAUCCCUCUCUCUCUCUCUCUCUCUGUGGUUAGAUCCCCGGCAAGCAGUCAGGCGAGAAGGAGAGCGACGGCACGCCCGACAUGUUCCUCAUCGCCACCUCCGAGCAGCCCAUCAGCGCCUUCCACAGGGGCGACUGGCUGCGGCCUGACGAAUGCCCAAAGAGGUACACACACACCACACCCCGCCCAUCCUCAUCCACCGCACCGACACACACCAUACAUACACCAUACCUACCCCAGGUGCAGAUCCAUCGAUGUCCACGAGCCUCGUUGGUGUGUGUGUGUGUGCAGGUAUGCAGGUGUGUCGACGUGCUUCCGGAAGGAGGCCGGCUCAUCAGGUGGGGUGGGGGGUGGGUGGAUGGGCAGAGAGACACUCAUUGGGUGGGCAGGAGGAUGGGGUGGGGUGUGUCUUGUCUGAGAGCUGCUGGUUUGUUGGUGUUGUGGUUGCCACCCACGCCUGCAGGCAAGGACAUGUGGGGCAUCUUCCGCGUGCAUCAGUUCGAGAAAGUGGAGCAGUUCUGCAUCACCUCACCCGUACGUAUGAGCACCAUAAGCAUCACCCACACACUUUUGUACUUGUGCGUGUCAUGUGUGUCGUGUCGUGUCGUGUCGUGUGUGUAGGAGGAGUCGUGGGCGAUGCACGAGGAGAUGAUCGGCAUCGCAGAGGAGUUCUACCAGUCACUCGAACUCCCCUACCAGGUAAGGUACCCUACCCUACACACCCUGCACACCCUGCACACCACACACACAUAUCUGUCUGUGUCUGUGUGGUCAGGUGAUCGCCAUCGUGUCCGGUGCAUUGAACGACGCCGCGGCCAAGAAGUACGACCUCGAGGCCUGGUUCCCUGGCUACGAGACCUACCGUGAGCUCGUCUCAUGCUCAAACUGUACUGACUACCAGGUGAAGUGCCAGGUGCACACACAGACGGAUCGGAUCGACAGCAGACACCCACACAGAGGUGUGUGUGUUUGUGUGUGUGCAGGCGCGUCAGUUGGAGGUGCGUCACGGGCAGAAGAAGUCCGGCGAGAGGGAGAAGAAGUACUGUCACAUGCUCAACGCCACGUUGGUCGCCUCACAAAGGUGGGUAGGUGAUGCCUAACUCAUGCGCAUAAUGCCUCGACAUCAAUCAGUUGAAUGUCGGUCCUUCGUUCGUUCGUUUGUUUGUCUGUCCAUCAUCCAGGACGAUGUGCUGCAUUUUGGAGAACUACCAGACACCGACGGGCGUCAGGGUGCCCAGAGUGCUGGUCAGUCAGUGAGUCAGUGGGGGAGGGAGCACGCCUCGCACGACGACAUGCAGCACGCUGCGUGUGUGUGUUUGUCUCCCUCCCUCCCUCCCUCCCUCCCUCCGUCCGUCCGUCAGAUACCGUAUAUGGGUGGGGAGGAGUUUCUGCCCUUCCCAGAGGAGGCGCCGGCCGCCGCAGGCAAGGACAAGGACAAGGACAAGGAGGGCAAGAAGGAGAGCAUCAAGGACAAGCCCGAACAAAACGGCGGCUAGAGUCACCCACCUCAUGACCUAAUGACGGGGAAUGGGUGGAUGAUGAGUGUGCGUGUCGUGCGACUGUGCAUGUGAGUGACUGAAUGAGUGGCCGAGUGAUUGUCGGCAUGGUGGACUGACUCAUCUCAUCCGUCCCUUCCAC